UUCAAAGAAUUAUAUGAUCUUUGGUUUGAUGAAGAUGGAAAUAAAACAAAGUAUUUAAAAGUUCCAGAAGAAAACGGCAUACGGCUAGCUAAUAUGUCCACUAUUUUAUAUGGCUCAAAUUAUAAUGCUGCAAUAGCUUUCAAAGAAUUAUAUGAUCUUUGGUUUGAUGAAGAUGGAAAUAAAACAAAGUAUUUAAAAGUUCCAGAAGAAAACGGCAUACGGCUAGCUAAUAUGUCCACUAUUUUAUAUGGCUCAAAUUAUAAUGCUGCAAUAGCUUUCAAAGAAUUAUAUGAUCUUUGGUUUGAUGAAGAUGGAAAUAAAACAAAAUAUUUAGAAGUUCCAGAAGAAAACGGCAUACGGCUAGCUAACAUAUCCACUAUUUUAGUUCCAGAAGAAAACGGCAUAAGACUAGCUGACAUAUCCACUAUUUUACAUGGUGCAGGUUAUAUUUCUACAAAAGCUUUCAAAGAAUUAUAUGAUCUUUGGUUUGAUGAAGAUGGAAAUAAAACAAAGUAUUUAAAAGUUCCAGAAGAAAACGGCAUAAGAUUAGCUAACAUAUCCACUAUUUUAGAUGGUACAGGUGAUAAUGCUACAGAAGCUUUUAAAAACUUAUACGAUCUUUGGUUCGAUGGAGAAGGAAAUAAAACACAAUACUUUAAAACCCUUAAAAAAGAGUUGGUACAUUUGUCUAUUAUGUCCCAUAUGUUACAUGGAUCAAGAGCUAAUGCAUCAAUAGCUUUUAGAGAUUUAUAUGAUGUUUGGUUUGACAAACAAGGAAAUAAAACAAAAUAUUUAAAAGACUUAGAAAAAGUAGAAAUAAGUCUGUCUCAUAUCUGUAAUAUGUUGGACGGGGCAGGAGACAAUGCUUCUAAAGCCUUUAAGGACCUAUAUGAUCUUUGGUUCGAUAAAGAUGGAAAUAAAACUCAAUAUUUAAAAGUUCCAGAAGAAAACGGCAGAAAGCUAGCUAAUAUGUCCACUAUUUUAUUUGGCUCAAAUUAUAAUGCUGCAAUAGCUUUCAAAGAAUUAUAUGAUCUUUGGUUUGAUGAAGAUGGAAAUAAAACAAAGUAUUUAAAAGUUCCAGAAGAAAACGGCAUACGGCUAGCUAAUAUGUCCACUAUUUUAUAUGGCUCAAAUUAUAAUGCUGCAAAAGCUUUCAAAGAAUUAUAUGAUCUUUGGUUUGAUGAAGAUGGAAAUAAAACAAAAUAUUUAAAAGUUCCAGAAGAAAACGGCAUAAGACUAGCUGACAUAUCCACUAUUUUACAUGGUGCAGGUUAUAUUUCUACAAAAGCUUUCAAAGAAUUAUAUGAUCUUUGGUUUGAUGAAGAUGGAAAUAAAACUCAAUAUUUAAAAGUUCCAGAAGAAAACGGCAUAAGACUAGCUGACAUAUCCACUAUUUUACAUGGUGCAGGUUAUAUUUCUACAAAAGCUUUCAAAGAAUUAUAUGAUCUUUGGUUUGAUGAAGAUGGAAAUAAAACUCAAUAUUUGAAAACCCUAGAAAAGGAGGGUAUAAAUUUGGCUACUAUGUCCCGUAUGUUACGUAGAUCAAGAGCUAAUGCAUUAAUAGCUUUUAAAGACUUAUACGAUCUUUGGUUUGACAAACGCGGAAAUAAAACAGAAUAUUUGGAGACCUUAGAAAAAGAAAAAAUAAAUCUGUCUAAUAUGUCCAACAUAUUGGACGGGGCAGGAGUUAAUGCUUCCAAAGCCUUUAAGGAUCUAUAUGAUGUUUGGUUUGAUAGGGAAGGAAAUAGAACGCAAUAUUUGAAAAGUCUAAUAAGGGACGGGAUGAAUCUAACUAAAAUGUUCAGAAUUUUACAUUCUGCAGGUGCUAAUGCUGCGAAAGCUUUUAAAAACUUAUACGAUCUUCGAUUUGAUGGGGAAGGAAAUAAAACUCAAUACUCGAAGACUCUGGAAAGCAAAGGGAUAAAUUUGACUAUUAUGAGCUAAAGCUUUUAAAAACUUAUCUUUGUUUUGAUAGACGAGGAAGUAAAACACUUUAUUUAAAAACAUUAGAAUCCAUUGCUUUACAUGAUGCUAGAAUUAAAGCUACAGAAGCUUUUAAAGAUCUGUACAGUCUUUUAUUUGAUGGGGGUGGGAGUAAAACUCAAUAUUUAAAGACAAUAGAAAAGAGUGGGAUGAAUGUAAUUAAUAUAUGCUUUGUUUUGGAUUGAGCAGGUGCUAAUGCUGCAUGAUACUUUUUUUUUGAUAGACGAGGGAAUAAAAAUCAAUAAAUUAUUUAAAUCACUUCUUAGCCGAGAAAGAACUUUUCAGAUUUCUGUGUAAACUCUGGUAUUUUGUGAAAAGCAUCUAAUGUUUUAUCCUUAACUAUUAGACUGAGAAGGGAAGUGCUGUGUAUGGAAUCGUAAAUCGUAAAGCCUGUCUUGAAAGGAUAUGAAAAAAGAAUAUGAUAAGAUGAGUAGGAGACAAAAUUAGGUUUAGUAUUAUUUAAGUGAUGAAUUACUUAUUGCAAGCGGAAAAAAUGGUUUCAAAAGAAGAUACAAUUUCUGUUCAGUAUUUCAUAUAAAAAAAAAAGAUAUUAUAUUCUGUUUUGUAUUUAAGUUUUAUAUUACAUUUUGUAUUUGUUUGAAAUAAAACUGUUAUUUAAUAAUUCUUGUUAUGCAUAUGUAUAAGAUUAAUGCACUGAGAAGUCUUGGAAAGAAUGUAACAAAAUCAUAAGGUAAGCAAGCUAUCGCGGUCGGUGUAUCGACAAAUUUAUUUUCAAAAUAAGAACUCAUGAAAUCAAUCUCAUAGCUGCACCUAUAAUUACACUGUCCGACAAAAUCAAACUUUUUUUCUGCGUUCCUAUAGCCACUAU